ACAUUCUUUAUAAAUCUGGAUAUUUCAUUAAAUAGAUAUAUAUAUUGUUGUGUCCCUAAUGAAUGACAUUGUGUCAGCAGAAAAGACAUUAGUUUUAAAUAUUAGUAUAGUAAAAUAUAGAAUGUCUGAUGGCAGUGAAUCACCCACAUCAUCUCUAGCAAUGCCAGAUUCAAAGCCUCUAUAUCCUCUGAAAAAUGAGACCCGUAUUUCAAAGGCUAGAAGUGAACCUUAUUCACACAACCUGAAUCUAGUAAAUCAACAACUAGUUCUCGAGGUCGAGGGAGGAAACAAAACGAGUUUUCCUAACCUGCAUUUAUCUCCCUUCGAUCCGAUGUUAAAUCAAACUGUUAUAACGACCGGCGCUAUGCUGGAUCCCCCGCAGAUUUUGAAUAAUUUAUUAUUUAAGCUUGAAAUCACGACGGAGGUUACCUGUAAAAACCGGGUGAUAGGAAUAGAUCCUUACAUUAGUUCAGGCAGUGCCCAAUCAGAUUCAUCAUGUUCCACGCCGCCUUCUUCAUUAGCUUCACAUUUAUCACACCUUUCCUUACCAACUUCGACUGGUCCUUCAAUAAGCACACCUUCAUCAGGAGGAAUCGCAAUGCAUCAUGGGGAAUUACCUUCGGCGGCGACUGUUCUUGGGUCUUGGGCAUCCGAGGCACAAGACUCUCCGACCUGGUUUCGAAGGACAUCACCUAAAGCUGACACCGCUACUGCUGCAAGUAUUAAAUCGGAAGUUCGAAGUCCUGGUUUGGUGGAUUCUUUAGAAGCCCCAGUAGCUGGUUCUUCACUCGGAGUCUUAAGUACGUCGGCUCUUGGGGUUUCGGGGAUGGAAGCGACGGGGCUGUAUUGCGCAGGUCCUUCGGAAAGCAUGGCCUACGAUCCUACUAAAGAUUAUUCACACCAGGCCUAUCAGUAUUACAAUAGUAUGCAGUCGUAUGCCAGUAGUUCCUAUAUGUCCUCGGCGAGUAGUGCAGGCGCCAGUUUUUACGGGCAGACCAGCGCCUACGCGAGUUACGCGACACCAGCCCGGCCUGGCGCCUCGAGCACGGCAACGAGUAAAACGGCGAUGCCGCCCAGCGCUACGCCGUCCUCAUACCUCACGGCCUAUCACGCGCACCACGCUACAGGAGGUAAUCCUUUCGCAGUCGGUGCAGCAUCAGGCCAAGCGACAAGUACACAUUAUCCUUCCUAUGAAACUGGAUACAAUGGCGCGAGUUUUGUUGGAGCAUCACAAACCUUUAGCAGUUCUCAGCAGCCUACUGUAGAUUAUGGAUAUUCUAGUUAUGCGGAUACGCAAUAUGGUUAUUACGCUCAAAGUUAUAGUCCUUACGUGAGCUCUCCUGGCUCAAGUGGGAGUGUGGGGGCCCCAUCCUAUCAUUUGACUACUGGAUUACCAGAAUCUCCUACAUCAUCUCUAGCAAUGCCAGAUUCAAAGCCUCUAUAUCCUCUGAAAAAUGAGACCCGUAUUUCAAAGGCUAGAAGUGAACCUUAUUCAACACAACCCGAAUCUAGUAAAUCAACAUCUAGUUCUAGAGGUCGAGGGAGAAAACAAACGAGCACAUCACCGACUACAGGGACUAUUUCUGCAUCUUCAACAAGUAGUGAAAGUGGUGUUGAACGGGUGUUCAUUUGGGAUUUAGAUGAGACUAUUAUUAUAUUUCAUAGUUUACUAACAGGAUCUUUUGCAUCUAGACAUAAUAAGGAUGCUCAACAUCUUGUACAGUUAGGAUAUAGGAUGGAAGAGAUGGUGUUUAAUAUGGCAGAUAAUCAUUUCUUUUUUAACGAUGUUGAGGACUGUGAUCAAGUGCAUAUAGAUGAUGUAUCAUCAGAUGAUAAUGGACAAGAUCUUACAUCAUACAAUUUUACUACUGACGGUUUUCACAUGGCAGGUACUGUUGGGGCGAGCACAACCACUCUGACUGGUGCCACUCCUGCAGCCAGUGGAAUCAGUUUAGCAUCAGGAGUUCGUGGAGGUGUUGACUGGAUGAGAAAAUUAGCAUUUAGAUAUAGAAAAAUUAAGGAUACUUACACAAAUUAUAGAAACAGUGUUGGUGGUUUACUGGGUGCAGCAAAACGUGAUCAAUGGCUGCAAUUAAGAUCUGAAAUUGAAGCACAAACAGAUAAUUGGUUAACCUUGACCUGCAAAUGUUUAAACACAAUAGCUGCUCGCACAAGUCACGUUAAUGUUUUAGUAACUACGACUCAAUUAGUGCCAGCACUUGCCAAAGUUCUACUUUUUGGUCUAGGCGGAGUGUUUCCUGUAGAAAAUAUUUAUUCUGCUACAAAAAUAGGUAAAGAAACAUGUUUUGAGCGAAUAGUUACUAGAUUUGGCAGAAAAUGUUCUUAUGUAGCUGUAGGCGAUGGCCAGGAUGAAGAAACAGCUGCAAAAGCUUUAAAUAUUCCAUUUUGGAGGAUAUCUGGUCACAAUGAUGCUAUUAAAAUGUAUGAGGCAUUAAGCAUGGAUUUCUUAUGAUGUGCUUUUGUGAUGGUCUGUUUUACGUACUAUAUUAUGAUAGCAUGAAUGGGACAAGAAUUAAAAAAGACUUCUUUAAGUAAUUCCUAAUUUUUGAAAUAGUUUUUAUUUUUGGCAGUUGUUAUAGCAAGGCUACAUGCUUUGUUAAUUCAUGAGUUACCUUUGCAAGCAUAUAAAGUUUAAAUUUUAUGUCAAUCCUGACAUUACCUAGAUAAUAGUGUGAGGCGCUGCCAAUAAAAUUUUAGCCUUUGUGUAUCUAAUACAAUUUUAAUCGAUUUGUUCUCCACUUAGUUGAUGAAUGGACCCAAAAUAUUUUUACGGAGCUAUAUAAACAUAUUAUUUUAUCGGUUAGUAUUUUAUUUUUUGUCUGAUAACUGCCUAUUUAGGUUAGUGAAUAUUUGUUAAGAAAUGUGAAUAACGAACUAUUCCAAUUGUAUAAAAGUAGCGACAGUCGCGUAAUCGCGCCUUGUGAUAUAAACUAUAAUUUUAAUAAUAUAUUACAUAAACAAUUGCAUAUUUUAUGCAAUUUAAUAACCAAAUAAUAAAUGUUAGAUAGAAAGAUUUCAUCUAUCUCAAUGUUGCUGUUGAAUAUUGAAUUGAGAUUACAUCAGCUUUGAGUACAAGUCGGAUAUGUAUAAAACUAAAGUACUUUGAAUGUUAUUAGCCAAUACAAUAAAUCAAGUGUACAUAUAGAUAUAUUAUUAAGCCAACAAUUUUACAACAUAUCUAUCUAUCGCGCACUUAUGUAUAAAGUAUUCAUUAAAAUGAGAGUUAUUGCAAAUUUUUACUCA